AUGACAAAUGACAAUUGAAACUGUCAAGACAGAAUUACAUGGUAAUAUUUUGUUCUCUACAAAAUUUGAUCUGGAUUUGUAUUAGGAUUAAUUAAUAAAUGUUGACGUGAAUUGAUAAAGAUAUGGCAAGAUGUUAAAUUAAUAGGAUAUUUUCUUCAGUAGUCAUUCUGCCAUGGGAUCCGUUUGGAAGAGAUUACAGAGGGUGAAUAAGAGAGCUGCAAAGUUUCAGUUUACAGUUUCGUAUCAUCAACUACAAGUAGAAUUCACACCAAGAUGGGAACCCCACAAAUUAUCAAUUACUUGGACACGAAGAUCAAGAAGGGUCAAUUCAACACCUAUGGCUUGGGAACCAACUCUACAGAGCACAUACAAAGGAACUGUUGUUUGGAAUGUACCUGAAAAUCAUCAGAUCUCUGUAACACUCUUCAAGGACCCAAGGACAAAUGAGCUGGAAGAUAAAGAUUGGUCUUUCGUUCUGGAAGAUGUUCCAACAACAGGUAAAAGAAGACAACUUGCAGUAGCUCAUAUUAACAUGAGAAAACAUGCAAGUGUCGAAUCAACACAGAGUGAUCUCCAUAUAAUUUUUAAGCCAACAACAAAAAAAAUCAAAGGUGCAAAACUUGAUUGUACACUAUCUUGUGUACUGCUUAGGGAAGGAAAAGCAACAGAUGAAGAUAUGCAAUCCAUGGCUUCCUUGAUGUCGGUCAGUAAUAAUAAUGACGAUAUUGCUCAUAUUGAGGAUUUAGAUGAUGAGGAUUUCUCCUAUAAUGAUAACUCUGUAAAAAGUACAUUGAAUGAAGUUACUCAACAUCUGCAACAAAUGACAAAUAGUUUAUCAGGCUCUGAUUUUGCUAGUACUCCAAUGAGUAUCUCGAGUAUGCAGUCCUUUCCCUGUGAUGAUAAAACUCCUACAGCAGAAACAUUCUCGCCACCAGGUGAACAAUUUAAUGAGAAACUCUGCUCUAAGACGCCAGUACCUAAACAUACAGAUUUUCUUCAAAAUGAGGUUGAUCUCUACUCAGAAAAAUGUACUGAGGUACUAGAUAAUUUGGAUACUCUGGAAGAAGAGGAAUGUAAUGAUGACGUUUUCGAAAUACCUAGUCCAUCAGUAGUGAAGCAUAAAAAUGAAGAGAACAAAGAUAAUUUGAAACUUAAACCUCUUGAAUUCAAAGAGCAACAUUUUGAAACUAAAAAAGAACCACAAAAAUUAACUACACCAGGACAAGACCUUUUGGAAUGGUGUAAAGAAAUGACAAAAGAAUACCAGAGUGUUAAAGUAACAAAUCUCACCACAAGUUGGAGAAAUGGAAUGGCUUUCUGUGCUCUUAUUCAUCAUUUUGAACCAGAUUUAAUAGAACUUGACUCUUUGACCCCUCAUGAUGUGAAGGGCAAUUGUAAGAAAGCUUUUGACGCUGGAGAUAAACUAGGUAUACCAAGGGUUAUAGAACCAUCAGAUAUGCACGUGUUGGCAGUUCCAGAUAAAUUGGCAGUUAUGACUUACCUACACCAACUUAGAGCUCAUUUUACUGGUCAACAGAUGGAGGUUCAUCAAAUAGGAAAAACAACUGAAGAGAGUAAUUAUAUUAUUGGUAAAUUCAGUACUGAUAGGGAUACUGAUAUAACAAAGCAGGUGUUUGGACAAGAGAUAAUCAACUUACGUAAGACCAAACAAGCACAACUGUCAAACAGGGCAUCCACUGAAAGAGAAUUUAACUCUUCUACCAAAGUGACAGAAUCCGAAUCUAAACUUUCUACUUCCAAUAUGGAGUUGCCUUUGCAAAGCUCUAAUCCUCUUGUUGAACAAGAAAUAAAUAAUUCAUCAACAAUAUUGGAGGAGGUUAAAAACAGCAAAUAUUGCCCAGCCGAACAAACACCGCAAUUAGAAGCAGAUACAAAAGACAGCAAAGAUAUACAAAAUAUUGAUAAGUGUGAUAAGAAUACAAUUGAUUCUAAACCUGUUCUGAUGACUCGACGAGAAUUAACCGAUCCUUUUGGUUCAGAUGACGAAUACCAACCUCCAUCGAUCAAUCUUGGUACUAAUAAAGUGAUAAGUGAAACAAAUAAAACCAUUGAAAUCAAUACCAAUAACAAAGGAGGCAGUGAUGGUGACAGUCCUAAAGAUGACAUUUCAAAUUUGCCCAAGGUCAAUCCGGUUUGGCUUGCAAUUAAAAGUUUUUUCGCGCGUGUGCAGAAAAUUCUAUUGAGGUAUUCAGAACAGCAAGAGAGGGCGAAACAAUUACUGGAACAAACGAAAAAAGAAGGGAAAACAUCCAAUCAAUCUAUUAAGAAUGAAGAAGAAAGACAAGCAGAACUGAAAGAAAGGGCAAGGAAACUACUCGAAUCAACCAGAAGAUCUUCUACUCCAACUACACAAAUAAUUAAGAUUGAUAAAAAUGCUGUAAAUGGCUUUGAUGAUGAAAGUCAUAUUGCACAGCAAAAUGGUUCACCAAAAUGUGAUAUUAUAAGCGAAACGAAUGACUGUCAUAAGUUUAAUUCGAAAUCAUUAGAUAAUUUCCAUGAAAAAUCUAAUCCAACUAUUGAAAAAAUUAGUCCAGAUGAAUUACCAGAGGAUUUAGGAUUGAAGGAGAUAGGAAUUGAUGUACAUAACUGGAUAGAAAGUGAAAUGGAAGAUUUAGAAAGGGAGCAAUGUGCCAUAGAUAAACAAGCUGCAAUAUUGGAGAAGGCUUUGAGAGCUGUAAUGGAAUCGUCUAAUAGUAAUGUGGAAGAAGAAGAAGCUCUCAUGGCAAGAUGGUUUAUGUUAGUAAACAAAAAGAACGCAUUACUCAGACGGCAGAUGCAGUUGAAUAUUUUGGAAAAACAAGCAGAUCUGGAAACUAGGUAUAAGGUAUUGAAUGAAGAGCUUCAACAAAUAAAUUCAAUAGAGGAUUGGAGAAAAACGGACGAACAGAGAGACAGAGAACAGAUGCUUCUAAAAGAAUUACUGCAGAUAGUUAAUAAACGUGAUGAAUUAGUGAACCAUUUGGAUCGACAAGAAAAGGCGAUUGAAGAGGACGACCUGAUUGAGCAGGAUUUGUCUCAUUUGGAAUUACAACCAAAGGAAAAGUGCGUUAUACAAUAGAAAAAAUAAUGACAGGUGAGAAGGAUAAUUAUGACAAUGAAAGUUUCUCCGCAUCGAUUCUUAUGCAUUGAAUGCAUAUGAUCAACUGGAUUAUUAACAUGGUAAUGAUGAAACUAACCUAAGAUAAUGAAUUGUCAUAAUACUUUGUUUUCAAUUUUUAAGUAAUCCAUUGAUAAAUGAAAAGACGUAGCUUUAAUUCUUUUGUAGGAGUAAACACCAUAUAUUGUAAAAAGGUUUUAUUUAUCUUUCUUAGAAUAAUUUGAGAUUAACAUUGUAUAUUCAUACAAACCACUAUUGAAGUGCAUGGAUAUACUUUUGCUUUAUUUAUGAAGUGCAAUUCAUUAACUUAAUCUAUUUAUAAAAAUGUAUACCUACUCUGAUAUAUCCUACAAUAUGUCAAUUUACAAAAUGGAACGCUACAAGUAAAUCCAACUCAAAAUAAUGGUAUAGUAAUAAUUAAUUGUAGGAAGUAGUUCCAAAUAAUUAUAAAUGAAAAUAAGACAACUAAUUCGAUUGAGGAGGUAUUUUUUUGUUGAAAUUUAAUCAUCGGCAACCAUAGAAAUAAUUGAAAGAAACGCGGUUUGCUUUCUAAAUAACAUUGCCAAGUACCAUUAUCUUUGGAUUAUCACCUGAUUCAGAGUAAAUGAGGAAUUAACUGUUACUAUACCUUAUAUACAUAAAAAAGGAAAAAAGAAUGUUUUAUUGAAAAUCAUGUGAUAAUGCAAUUGUUCAUUUUUGCUUUCCCAUUUUCUACUUAAAAAUUUCUGAUUGUCUCAUAUUAUGGAUUUUGGAAUAAAAGCUCAUAAAAAGGCAUCCAAAAAUAACAGUACUUUUGCUUCACAAAAUUUCUUAAUGAAGUUUUCUCAACUUCAACUAAAAAAUUAAACAGUACAGAAGUCAUAUUGAAAACGAUGUAUAAAAAAAACCUAUUUUUUUUCAUGGUAAAUUUUGGAUAAGGAUGAAAAAUACUUAAACAGGUGGUAUGGGAGAAACUCUUUCACGUGCACCACCCAAAAUUCUUGAUUUUUUAUAUAGUUACAAAAUUUGAAUAUUUUUUAACUGUUACCCAAAAAUUAUCUUCGUACUUACCUUUGCCGAUUUUUUUAAGAAAAAAGUCAGUUGUAGUAUUAUAGAGCAUGUUUAUCCAAACUUUUUCAUUAUUUCACAAUUGCAUUUGUGCAGGUAGGUUUUGUUUUUAUGAAUAUGGUCAAAAAGCAUAUAUUUUCAUGGAUGGAGUUGAUGAAACUCUAUGAAUUGAUUUGAAUUCGUUGUAACAAUGGAAUAUGAACCAACUUGAAUUAUCCGUUGUAUCUUCUUUCUGUAUAGUACUUUUAAUCAAACACCUUGAAUGUUCUUAAAAUUAUUCAAAAAUAUUGUACUGAUAUAGAUAUUAUUUUAUAAUACUGGUUUAUCAUAAGUUUUCUGUUUUUUUUUUUGCAUUUUUAUCUCAAAAUUAUAUUUCAUAUAAUUUCGGACCAAAACAAAACAUAUAAGGGUAAAUCAGAGUUUGUGCAUGUUUUUUCCAUUAUAUGGAAUUUUAAAUAAUCCUCAAAGACUUGUAAUUGGACUGAACAUUGAAAAAUACUGUAAGAAUUUUGUUAUCACAUCCUCUUAGUGUUCCCGAAUACCUCAGACAUGUGAUUCCAAAAUUUGGAAUGAGUUCUUUUUCUGUUCAGAACGUCGUAACACAUACAAUCAAAUAUAAUGAAAAGACAAAUUUACUCAACUAUUGUAAGUGUUCAAAAUUUCAAAUGUAUCUCCUAUAUUUUCUUGAUCAACAUUAUCUGAUAAGAGAAGAGGUUCACAGUUUUCAGAAUUUAUUCGAAAAAGUUGAGAAACUAUAAUCAUGUUCAGAUAGUGAAGAUUGACUUAAAUUUCUUGUUUUUUUUUAAGAGGUAUAAAUGUGGCGAAUCGAUGUUGAAUUGGUGAUAUUUUAAAUGAAAGAAAAAUAUUCUAAUUGAAAGAGUAAAGCUAGUCAACUUGUAAAACUCCUAUUUCUCUGAAUUCCCGAAUUUCAAUGUUACAUGUAUCCUGAUGAUUGAAAACGGCGAUUUUCACACAAUUGCUUUCGUGGUUGUAUUGUUUAUAUUUUUUGUAAUUCAUGUAUAAAAUUAUUUUAGGCUUUAUGUAAAUAAAAAAAUAUUAAUUCA